GGGCUCCUGCUGCUCCUGGUGCUGCGCCUGCCGUCGGGCGCCUCCGAGACCCCCAAGGUGAAGCAGAAGGCGCUGCUGCGGCCGCGGGAGGUGGUGGACCUGUACAACGGGAUGUGCUUGCAAGGGCCCGCGGGCGUCCCUGGCCGAGACGGGAGCCCUGGGGCCAACGGCAUCCCCGGGACCCCUGGGAUCCCAGGUCGCGAUGGAUUCAAAGGCGAAAAGGGGGAGUGCCUGAGGGAAACCUUCGAGGAGUCCUGGACACCCAACUACAAGCAGUGUUCGUGGAAUUCCCUGAAUUAUGGCAUCGAUCUUGGGAAAAUUGCCGAGUGCACCUUCACGAAGAUGCGCUCGAACAGUGCUCUGCGGGUGCUGUUCAGCGGCUCCCUCCGGCUCAAGUGCAGGAGCGCCUGCUGCCAGCGCUGGUAUUUCACCUUCAACGGCGCCGAGUGCUCGGGCCCGCUCCCCAUCGAAGCCAUCAUUUAUCUGGACCAAGGAAGCCCUGAGCUCAAUUCGACAAUUAACAUUCAUCGCACUUCUUCUGUGGAAGGACUUUGUGAAGGAAUUGGUGCCGGCUUAGUGGACGUUGCUAUCUGGGUGGGUACUUGUUCGGAUUACCCCAAAGGAGAUGCCUCUACCGGGUGGAAUUCGGUGUCACGCAUCAUUAUCGAAGAACUGCCAAAAUAAACUUUCAUUCUCCUCCCCUACCUCUUUUUUAGUAUACUUUUGAAAAGUUAAUUUUAGUGACAUGCUACGUAAUUUUUAGGUACACAUCUGAAUGAAAAACAAAGCUAAGUGUGUUUACAGACCCAAGUGUGACUUCACACAGUUUUAAAAUCCAGUAUGACUCAUUUUCCUCCCAUCGAGGAUGGUCUGAGGAUUUUGUAGUUGAAGAGAAUAUGUACUUUCCUCAUAGUCCCAUCCUCUGAGCCUGUAAUUUAGGAUGUCGUUGUGGUCUUUAAUUUUUCCUAUUCCCUUAGUAUAGCACGUUUUUAAAGUAGAAAAGCUACCAGUCUGUACAAGUUGUAAAUGUUCAAAACUGUUUUAUAUCUGUGAAAUAAAUCUUAUUUCAAACAACUUUAA